AUGAAGAUCUCAACCUUUGCUACGUUCCUCUUGACUGCUGGGCCCGCUGUGGUCGCUCGACCUCACCGCGUUCGAGGGCGCCGGCUCCAGCAACUGGUUGGGUUUGGCGGAGAACCUAACCCUUCUCGUCUACCUUUGGGACCGUGUCAGGGAGACUGUGAUUCUGAUGCUGACUGCCAGCAAGGCUUGGUUUGUUUCCAGCGUGCUGCACCCCCACCGGGUGGCGCCUGGCCGGAAGUCCCAGGAUGCAUUGGAGGCAGCCAAUUUACUGCCAAGACUGACUUUUGUAUAUUCCCUAUCUUGCCCGCUGAGGAAUCACCUCCGCCCACGAUUGCUCCGACAUACUCACCCACGGAAAGUCCUUCGGAUGUUCCGUCUUUGGCUCCUUCUGAGAAACCCACCGCUUUUCCUACAAAGGACGGGGCAACUGCAGCCCCGAGUACUCCAACGCCCACAAAUGGGCCAACGACCGAGACACCGUCAACGGCGCCAAGUUGGAACGCUUACUGGGAUCUUCCAGAAGCGGAUUUCGUUGGAGACGGCCUUCCAAGUAGCGGUCUCUCUCUUGGUCUUUGCCAAGGUGACUGCGAUGUGGAUGAAGAUUGCCUGGAUGAGCUCGUGUGCUAUCAACGUAGGUUCGACGAACCGAUUCCUUGGUGUCGAGGAAACGCACUCAACAGUGUGGACUACUGCGUGAAACCGCCUCCAACCGUGGAAGAAGUUCCGCCAGCCACAAUGUCUCCCACUACGAUGGCAACUGCGGCGCCCACAGACAUGGUUGUUGCCCUGCAGACUGUCGGCGAUGAGCCUGAGAUGCCCCUCGGGAUUUGCCAAGGCGAUUGUGACACAAAUGAUGACUGCUUGGAUGAUCUCAUUUGCUUCCAGCGUGACCAUGUCGAGCCGGUACCUGGUUGUGUGGGGACUGGCAGCGUUAGUUACGACUAUUGCAUCAUUGAUCCUUAUGCCACGGCGUCUCCUACCAUGGAUCCUAACAGUACUCCAGCUCCUUCUGAACCAAUCACAAUGUCUCCUACCACCACCAUGACGGAUGCUCCCACCACCAAUACCAACACAGGUGCUCCCACGAACUGGGAUCCUCUUGUUAUUUCGGCAUUCGAGCCACCCACCGCGUCGCCGACCUUUCAACCAUUGCUAGCCACUGUGGACAAGGAUAGCGACGGCCCCUUGGGCUUGUGCGAAGGCAAAUGCAAAACUGAUGAUGACUGCGAAGGAGAUCUCAUUUGCCUGGAUCGAGACUCGGAAGAUGAAGUCCCCGGAUGCGGCGGAAGUCCCCACAAAGGCGAUGACUACUGCAUCUACCCCCUCUGA